CCAACGGCCAUCUGCCCUCCAUAGCAAACGAACGGAUAGAUUCCAUCACCACCAGCAUAAAAGAUCAACUGUCGUCGCAACUUUAAACCCUCCGACGAACGGAAGGGUUUUAGCCGCACCCUAAGAGCCGCAGCCGACGAAGGAGUGAAGAAUGGCUUUUGCAAACAGAAUCGGGAAUCUCUUAAAGAAAUCUAUAACUUCCAGCCCAUCAUUGUAUCAAGCAAUACGAUGCAUGUCAUCAUCAAAAAUUUUCAUUGGAGGACUCUCAAAUGGCAUAGAUGAUCAGAGUUUAAGAGAAGCAUUUACUAAUUACGGUGAAGUUGUUGAAGCUAGAGUUAUCAUGGAUAGGGAAACUGGACGGUCCAGAAGUUUUGGGUUUGUCACUUUUACAUCUAAUGAAGACGCCUCUGCUGCCAUAUCUGGCAUGGAUGGGAAGGAUCUUCAUGGUCGGAUGAUAAGGGUUAACUAUGCCACAGAAAGAACAGGUGGAUUUCGUGGUGGCUUUGGUGGUGGAAGCUAUGGGGGUGAUGGCUAUGGUGGUGGUGGUGGUGGCAGUGGCGGUGGCGGUGGCAGUGGCUAUGGCAAUAUGGGAGGCAGCUACAGUGGCAGCAGUGGUUCUGGUGGUGGCUAUAGCAGUGGAGGUGGGUACGGUGGUGGAGGAUAUGGAGAUGGUGGCUCAAAUAAUUAUGGAGGGAGCUACAAUACAGGCCCCGCUGGUGGCUAUGAUGGUACUGGUGGUGGGUAUGAUAAUGCUAGUGUUGGUGGUAGUUAUGGAGUUGCCAUUGGUGGUGGUGGUGGCAGUUAUGGUGGCCGCAACGGUGGUGUUGUUGCAGAAGGUGGCAGCAAUGCUGAUUAUGGUCGUGGUACUGGGUAUGAUAAUGCUAGUGUUGGUGGUAGUUAUGGCAUUGCCAAUGGUGGUGGUGGUGGCAGUUAUGGUGGCAGCAACGGUGGUGUUGUUGCAGAAGGUGGCAGCAAUGCUGAUUAUGGUCGUGGUACCUAUGGUGGUAGUGAAUCCACAGGCUUCGGCAGCAGCUUCAGCAACAAUGGUGGAUAUGGUAACAACAACCAAUAGGAUUUCAAGGACGACGAUGAUGUGCCUAAUCUGUACGCGCACAAGCGAGGCUAAUGGCCGAAUAAGCAAGUGUAUCUCAAUAGUUGGAACACUAGUUGGGUGUCCCAUGAUCUUGGAAACAAGAGGAUGAAUACUUUGAUCCAUGUGGAUAAUUGGGAUGCUCAUAUACUCUUGGAUUUGGGUUCAUCCUUGCUAACAAGACACCUUUUGAUUCAUGCCGGUAGUUGGGAUUCUCAUAUUGCAAGGAAAGAGAAGUGCAAUUGCACUCUGACGGUUAAGAGAAGUUGGAUGGCUAACAAGUAGGAGGAACACUUUGUGAUGCUUCUUAUCCAGCAUUCGAUGGAAAAACAUAAUGAUGAGCUGAAAUAUCCCGAUUAUUUGAAGUUGCUUCAACCAGUGAAUCUGAAUCUUCAAUGCUGCAUCCCGUCAUA